AUGACAGACACCGACCCCAAGGGGGAGCGCCCAUCUUUCCUGUCCUACCUCAAGCGAGACAAGGAAAAGUCCAAGGAUAAGAAAUCUGGCUCCAAAUCCAAGACGGCAACGUCCUCGUCCGGCGCCGGUGAAAGCAGCCCAGAGAACCAAGAUGCCUUGACCAAGAACCAGGUCCGCCGGGCCCAAGUCCGGCGAGCGCAGAUUCAGCACCGCCAGCGCAAAGCAAACUACGUCAAGCAGCUGGAAAUGGACAUUUCGCAGCUCCGUGAGCUCAUCACUCAAGCCCAGCACGACACGACGGCUCUCAAGAGCGAAAACGACGACAUCCUCGCCGUGCUUGGCCAAAACGGCAUCCCGAGCCCGCCAGGUCUCUCUUACGGCACAGCAUCCCCCAGCGCCGCCACUGUCCUAUCAGAUGCACAAAACACCGACUACUCGCAACAAAACACGCCAGCAUAUCCAGUCAUCGACAAUGCCGAAUCGCUCCUCCCCGGCAAUCUCGGCCUGGACGAAGAUCUCAUCGUCACGCUCAGCGCAAACAAGCUCAUGGGAACACCCGCCUUCAGUAUCAGCCCCAACUCGGCCAGCAGCAGCUAUUACUCUGGGCCUGUGUCGGCCGACUGGUCACAAGGCCAGAUUCAACUCACACCCGCCCAAGAACUCACCGUCAUUAAUUUUAUCCUCUCCCUGGAACACGUCUGCUGGGACCACUUUUGGCUCGGCGACUGCCACAACCACAGCGCCCAGACCGAGGAGGAAAAGGGCCACACCCUCAUGGCCUCGUCCUACCUCAUGGCCAACGCCCCCGAGAGCGUCUACGCCGACCGCGACGCCUUCACCAGCCGCUUCCGCAGCUCCCCGACCCUGCAGUGGCCCUCGUCCUCCGUCACCCUCGACUCCCUCCACGGCCUCGCCCGCUCCCUCAACCCGGGCGUCGACGAAGUCGCCCCCGUCCAGGCCUGGUUCGAGCUCGCCGGCCGCUACCCCGUCGACGUCCUGCUGCGGCCCGCCACCCUCGAGGCCCUCAAGCGCGAGUUCAAGGGCGUCGUGCGCUGCGUCGUCUUUGGCGCCGCCAUGGAGCGCAUGGCCUUUGAGAGCAUCAUCUUCCGCGUCCUGGGCCCGGACGUCAAUGCCCUUGCGCUUCUGUAA